CUUGGUCUAAUCCAGCGCCAUGGCCUCGCGGUACGACCGAGCGAUCACUGUCUUCUCGCCCGACGGACACCUUUUCCAAGUGGAAUAUGCGCAGGAAGCGGUGAAGAAAGGCUCCACGGCGGUUGGAAUUCGAGGUACCAAUAUAGUUGUACUCGGAGUAGAAAAAAAAUCUGUUGCCAAGCUUCAAGAUGAAAGAACUGUGAGGAAAAUCUGUGCCCUUGAUGACCAUGUCUGCAUGGCUUUUGCAGGACUCACAGCUGACGCGAGAGUAGUAAUCAACAGAGCCCGCGUGGAGUGCCAGAGUCAUAAGCUUACAGUGGAGGACCCAGUCACUGUGGAAUACAUAACUCGCUUCAUAGCAACUCUAAAGCAGAAAUAUACUCAGAGCAAUGGACGAAGACCUUUUGGUAUUUCUGCCUUAAUUGUAGGUUUUGAUGAUGAUGGUAUCCCACGCUUAUAUCAGACAGAUCCCUCUGGUACCUAUCAUGCUUGGAAGGCAAAUGCAAUAGGCAGAAGUGCUAAAACUGUUAGAGAAUUUCUAGAAAAGAAUUAUACAGAAGAUGCUAUGGCAAAUGACAAUGAAGCUAUCAAACUAGCAAUAAAGGCUUUGCUAGAAGUUGUCCAAUCUGGUGGGAAAAACAUUGAACUUGCUAUAAUAAGAAGAAACCAACCUUUGAAGAUGUUUAGUGCCAAAGAAAUUGAAUUAAAGGUAACUGAAAUAGAAAAGGAAAAAGAAGAAGCAGAAAAGAAGAAGUCAAAGAAGAAUGUCUGAUUCUUAGGAUGAACAGAGAUUCUUUACUGUUUUGUGAUACUAUUCAGAAUUAUUUAGUGACAUUUAAAAAAGGCUAAGUUAAUUUACAGCAUUGAAUUUGGUAGUUAUGUGGUAUCUUGAGACUGAAAUAUUUAUAGCUGUGAUAAACCCAUUGCAUAAACAAACACAUAUUAAUAAGAUUUUCUUUGAAAGGAGAGUAAAAAUAUUUUAAUUUUAAAAACAAGUAAUUUAAUAAAAUUCAAAUGUUGAAUUUUAGUCAGAGAUUUCUGUGUACAUUUUUCCCUGUAAGUUGUACUAUAUAAUUUUACUCAUUGAAGGCCUAAUUCAAAUAGGCAAUAAAAGUGUGAUAAGAAUUUAUAAAGGCAUUUGAACAGGGUGUUCUCUGAACAGGAGAGAAAUGACUACAUGUAUCAGUUUAAAUGUCUAUUUUUUCUUAAGUAUGUUCAGUACAUUAGGCUUGUUCACUACACUUUCCAUGUGUGCUUGCUAUGUUCUUACUAUCUAUGUUCUUGGUGAUUCCUGCUCACAGAGAAGAAAGCAUGUGUUUAAUGCCUGUAAGGAGGUUACAUUUUGGAAAAUAA